CACACACACACACACACACACUCACACAAGCGGAAGAAGUACUGAAGGACAGUCUUUGGUACGUGGAGGUCAGGAGAAACGUCAAAAUGCGUUUUUUACAGAAUUUAUAUCUGUUUUCCCUUAUUAUUGCCGGUUCACUCCUCGGACUCAUUUACUUCAGCUACACAUCCUCCUGGUUCAGAGGUGUGUGGGAGUGCAGACUGACUGUGGAAGAAAAAAAACAUGGUAAUACAGACCUAAUCUUUCCUACAGGGAUUGCAUGCGCUCAGCCCAGUGUGAGUAAUAGUCGGCCGGAUGUCUCCACAACGACUCCGUGGUUAGCUCCAAUUGUGUGGGAGGGUACAUAUGAUUUGACGGUGAUUGACAACAUCUACAAACAACAGAACAUCACCGUGGCAGUCACCGUCUUCGCUCUGGGGAAGUACGUACGCUUCCUGAAGGACUUCCUAGAAUCUGCAGAGCAGCACUUCAUGGUGGGCUACCGAGUGCAUUAUUACCUGUUUACAGAUCGUCCGGACGAGGUUCCUGCAGUAACGCUGGGGGAAGGGCGUCAGUUGACUGUGAUAAAAACAGAAACCUCGAACCGCUGGCAGGAAAUCUCACUGCGCAGGAUGGAGAGAAUCGAGAAGCUCAUCGAGAAGGAACUCACCGACGAGGCAGACUACAUAUUCAGUCUCGACGUCGACUCCAAAUUCUACGCUCACUGGGGGGCGGAGUCUCUGGGCGACCUUGUCGGCGUGCUGCAUGCCUGGUUUUUCGGAAAAUCUCGGGAACAGUUCACGUACGAGCGGCGUCCUGAAUCUCAGGCCUUCAUACCGUUACAAGAAGGAGACUACUACUACGGAGGGGCCGUGAUAGGAGGACGCCUCGACAAAGUGCACAAGCUGGUGAAGACGUGCCGCAUGCAGCUGGAUGUGGACCGAGCCAAUCACAUUGAAGCGGCAUGGCAGGAGGAGUCUCACCUGAACAAGUACUUCCUGUACAAUAAGCCCAGCAAGGUGCUCUCACCUGAAUACCUGUGGGAUGACAAGAAAGGGAAACCCAGCUACAUGAAAGUGGUGCGUUUCUCUCAGGUGGUCAAGAAGUACGCUGAUGUCCGACCCAACCCUUAAAGCACACUGUACUGUAAUGGGUUUCUCAGGAAAGAUAAAUGAACUAACACCACUAACUCUAUCACCAUCAUCUCGCAGGUUUCAACCACAGACUACACCAAGGUCUUCCAUCAGGAAAUGUUUGGUUACCCUACAUUAUAAGACAUGUUGAUGAUUAUAUUAAUAAAUUGUGUUUUCCUGGAUUUUUAGGUCCUAAUUAUGUUUGUAAGUUACACAAAUGCAAUAAAGACAAUUCUUAAAGGAAAUCUAA